CCUCCAGCGGCCAGGUCUUAGGCAGUUCAAUUAACUCCCAGAAGAUGGCUGAACCUGCAGGAAUACCAGAGCAAGAAACUGAUGUCUGACAAUGGAGUGAAAGUUCAAAGAUUCUUUGUAGCAGACACCGCGAAUGAUGCUCUUGAGGCCGCUAAGAGACUAAAUGCAAAAGAAAUUGUUUUAAAAGCCCAGAUCCUAGCUGGAGGAAGAGGAAAAGGUGUCUUCAGUAGUGGUUUGAAAGGAGGUGUUCAUUUAACAAAAGACCCUAAAGUUGUGGGACAGCUGGCUAAACAGAUGAUUGGUUAUAAUCUAGCAACAAAACAAACUCCAAAAGAAGGUGUGAAAGUUAACAAGGUGAUGGUUGCUGAAGCCUUGGACAUUUCCAGGGAAACCUAUUUGGCCAUUCUGAUGGACCGGUCCUGCAAUGGCCCUGUGCUUGUGGGCAGCCCUCAGGGGGGCGUCGACAUUGAAGAGGUGGCAGCUUCGAAUCCAGAACUUAUUUUUAAGGAGCAGAUCGACAUUAUUGAAGGGAUAAAGGAGAGCCAAGCUCAGCGGAUGGCAGAAAAUCUAGGCUUCCUUGGGCCUUUGAAAAACCAGGCUGCAGAUCAAAUUAAGAAGCUGUAUAAUCUCUUCCUGAAAAUUGAUGCUACUCAGGUGGAAGUGAAUCCCUUUGGUGAAACUCCAGAAGGACAAGUUGUCUGUUUUGAUGCCAAGAUAAACUUUGAUGACAACGCAGAAUUCCGACAAAAGGAUAUAUUUGCUAUGGACGACAAAUCAGAGAAUGAGCCCAUUGAAAAUGAAGCUGCCAGAUACGAUCUAAAAUACAUAGGACUGGAUGGGAACAUUGCCUGCUUCGUGAAUGGUGCUGGACUUGCCAUGGCUACCUGUGACAUCAUUUUCCUGAAUGGUGGGAAGCCAGCCAACUUCUUGGAUCUUGGUGGCGGUGUAAAGGAAUCUCAAGUGUAUCAAGCAUUCAAAUUGCUCACAGCUGAUCCUAAGGUUGAAGCCAUCCUGGUCAAUAUUUUUGGUGGAAUCGUCAACUGUGCCAUCAUUGCCAAUGGAAUCACAAAAGCCUGCCGGGAGCUGGAACUCAAGGUGCCCCUGGUGGUCCGGCUGGAAGAUUUUCAUCUGACCAAGGCCCCUCUCAAUGUGCACCCUUUCUGCUCAUCGUCCUGUGCCUGAGCUUUGUACUUCAGUGUGAGGCUCCCUUCCAAAACUGCUGGGUUCUGAGCAUGCCUAGUAUGUGCUUAAUAAUUAAGGCUGUAAUUAAAGUGUAACUGCAAGUAUAAUUAAAAUUCACUUCAGUGGAUCCUGGAAUUAUGAAGCAAUUAGGCAUUUUGAUAUGGCCGUGCAGGACAAACUGGAGGAGAGAAUGGCCUGCAUUUGUGUGGAGCUGUCCACCCCUCUCUCACCCAGGCGCUGCCCACUGGUGGUUAACCUUGAGCGCAGCCUCACUUGCCUGGGAGGCAGGAGUGACAGUAGCUUGGAGUCCUCACUCAAGGGCACUCAGCCCAGCCAGCUGCUGUGUGGCCCUUCUUAGAGAAAGAGGCCACAAUGAAAGCCCCUGAGAACUCUGGGAAAGCUCAGGAACAGUCCUUGUUUUCCCUCAGGCCUUUUGGAGUUUCUAUGUCAACCUUAGAAAAAAGAGUUAUUUGGGGGUAUGGGGCCAGCAAGGCAGCGAUCAGGAGAGGUCUCACCCACACUCACCGCCUCAGGCACACUUUGUAUGUAUGAACCUGUCCGUGGUUAUCCAUUCUGUCCACAAGCACAUCCUGUGUGGGGAUACUGUGCUGAGCCUAGAGGCACGCGGGUAAGCGUGCCUGACCCAGUGGGAGCCCUCAUGAAGCCUAUGUUUAGUGGGGACAAGAGCAGUGUCAAUAAGCAGUCACAGCAGGGCUGCAAUUUUAGACGUAUGAGGUACUCUGAAAGCUCAUUUUCAGUCCCCUGUUCUGGGUUGGUGGUUGGAAUGUGGUGACAGGAAGGCGUGCCCAAAGAAAUAAACAGACAGCUCAUGAAUGAAUGGUGUCCGCCAAGCAGAUAGGGCAACAGAGCUCCGGGGAGAAGGCAUGGCAGGCCAAUGGCCCAGCUUGCCUGCAGGUUCACGGAUUUCUAUGUCAGUCAUUUUCCCGCCUUGGUAAUAUCUGGUGCUAAGUUGGAUGUUGAAGAGAGUAUUAAUUUAGGAAGCAGCUUAGUUAGGCUAGUUGAUUACAAGGAAGAGCGACCCAUUUAUCUCAAAAAAAAAA